AUGACGAAGAUAAGUCCUGAAGUUGAAAUCAGGAUGCCAAUGGAGGCAUUUCCACCGGUUUCAGCUGAUGUGAGCUUUAUUUAUGAUAGCUUUCCGAAGUACAAACUGGGAGCUGAUAAUCAAAUUCUGGAAGAGCCAGUUGAGGAUAAUCAGGGUCCUUCAUUGAAAGAUGUUAUUGAACAGGAAGCUUCCAAUUUGUCAGACCAACAUAAGCGUAUCUCAGUACGUGACCUUGCCAGUAAAUUUGACAAGAACUUGGCUGCAGCUGCCAAGUUGUCUAACGAGGCAAAGCUCAGAGAGGUUGCAUCUUUGGAGGGACACGUUCUGUUGAAAAAACUCAGAGAUGCAUUAGAAUCUUUAAGAGGCCGUUUUGCAGGAAUAAACAAAGAGGAUGUGGAGAAAGCUAUCUCUAUGGUGGAAGCUUUAGCAGUUAAGUUGACUCAAAAUGAAGGAGAAUUGAUUCAAGAGAAGUUUGAAGUGAAGAAGCUAGUAAACUUUCUCAAACAGGCUUCUGAAGAUGCUAAAAAGUUGGUUAAUCAAGAGAAGUCUUUCGCAUGUGCCGAAAUUGAAAGUGCAAGGUCAGUGGUGCUGAGAAUUGGGGAGGCGCUUGACGAACAAGAAAAAGCAUCCCAAGCUUCUAAACCACAGGAUGUGGAUGGACUAAUAGAAGAGGUUCAAGAAGCUAGAAGAAUCAAAUUGUUACAUCAGCCAAGCAAGGUGAUGGCCAUGGAAUAUGAAUUACGGGCUCUUAGGGACCAAAUUCGAGAGAAAUCUAUAUUUUCAAUCAAGCUUCAGAAAGAGCUAACCAUGAACAAGAGGGAUGAGGAAAAUAAAUCUCGCUUAUAUAUGUUACAUGGUUCUGAAGCUUUGGGUUCAUAUCUUCGAGUCCAACCUUGCUCAGAUGAAGUGCCACAUGUUUCUAAAUGUUCAUUUCAGUGGUAUCGCUUGUCAUCUGAAGGCAGCUGGAGGGAAGUUAUUUCAGGUGCCGUCAAAUCAAUAUAUGCUCCUGACCCCUCUGAUGUUGGGAGAAUAUUACAAGUAGAUAUUGUCUCCAGUGGGAAAAAACUUACACUUACAACUAAUCCCAUUCAACCUGUUUCAGGACUCGGAAGCCAUGUGGAGUCACUUCUACGAAAGUCUAAUACUGAUUUUAAUGUAGUUAUUUCUCAAAUGAAUGGAAAAGAUCACUCAUCACAUUCUACUCAUUCAUUUAAUGUGGGGAGAAUGAGAAUAAAGCUAUGCAGAGGUUGGAUUACAAAAGCUAGAGAGAUUUAUUCCCCAUCAAUGCAGCUUUGUGGAGUUAGAAGUGAUGUCAGUAAUGCAGCGAAGGCAUUGUUUUGGCAAGCUAGAAAAGGUCUCUCAUUUGUAUUAACCUUUGAAUCAGAGAGAGACAGAAAUAUAGCCAUCGUGGUUGCCAGGAAAUAUGCUCUUGAUUGCAAUGUGGUGCUUGCUGGGCCAGAUGAUCUAGUGUAG